AUGGAGCUGAGCAAAAGAGAGUUACCGGUUUAUGGUCAAGAGGAGGUCUUUGUGACUUUGGAGAGGGUAAAUCCUGUUCCAGAGGGGCCAGAGUACUAUGUGAUUUUAGAGGGUUCUUCUCUUUCCCACAUCACAUCAGCCCAGAGGAGCCCAGAUGGACUGUUCCUCAGAUUCAUUGUGCCUGGUCACAACCGUCCUGAGUCAGUGACUGUUGAGGUGUACUUGUAUGAUGAUGGUGAUGAGAUUGUGCCUCUGUCACAAUUGGCCAAACUUUCUCUGGAGUACCAACGGGACCAAGCCCAGGAGGCAGCCGAAACCCUGAUAUCUGAUCCUCAUUACCUACUUACCGGCAGUUACAGGGAGGCUCUAAGAGAACUCUGCCAAGGAGACAAACCCUUGGCUGGACAGCUCCACCAGCUAGAUGGUGGUAAAGUGGAGACCUCAAGACUGAAUGAAACCAGCCAUUUGAUCAGAUGGAGCCAAAGACCCGCUAACUCAGAGGAGUGGUCCACAUUUGGAAAUGGGGUGUCUAUGACAGGCUCAAGCUCCUUUCAGGGGCUGGGAUUUGGGGAGCUGAACCUCCAACAAGGUGACCUGGAGAGAAGAGUCAUUCAGGCGCUGUCUAACAUGGAAUAUCCCCAAGAGUGGAAUGGCCUGGGGGCACAAGGCAGAAAAGGGUCCUCCUGGAACCAGUCUUCAUUUGGAUCUCGUUGGGUUUGCGUGGAUAGUUCCCGCCUGCUUCGGUUCUAUCCUCUCACCGGCUCAGUCGUCCUCACCGUCCGACACGACACACACUCCAGAACACACACGGACACACACGCCAACGUACACUUUUACAGGGACAGGCUCAGAGACCAGGAUACAAUUACACAGAUGACAAAACUGAAGAGACAGAGUGUGAAGAUGAAGCAGGAGAUGAAGAGAAGUCAUGGCCAUGGUGAAGAGAGCUGUGCUGGUGGUUUGACAAACCUGCUCAACAUUGAGGAACACACACUAGUGGACAGUGUGUUCGAAGAACAGCUUGUUCUUUCUUUGGAUGAAGAGGAAGAGGACCUCAAUCCAUUUCACCCAGAGAAAGAUUGCUCAUCUUUGUUGUGUGGUGAACUGCAGUUUGACUCUACGCACUCCGCUGCAGCCAGACUUACUGCUAUGCUCAGUGGAAAAGCCCCUCUCCUGCUACAGGAUGAUGACCUCACAAUGAAAUAUAAUGUUGCUGGGGUAACGGCUGACUGCUCUCCGACAGAUGGAAUGAGUUGGCCUGGAGGUGGAGGCGUGGUCACUUUACCAGGGGCAACAGACACGCCCCCUCCCAGUGAAGGGGAGGAAGCCCAACUGGAAAAACCCUCCUCUUUUCCUCUUUCUCCAUCUCUCUCCUCCUCUCCUCUCUCAACCUCCUCUCCAGCAGGGCUGGCUUUGAAUAGAUUUCUCUGCUCUGCCCGCCAUGGUUCUGCCAUUCGCAGUGGCAGUUCAACUCCGUCAUGUGACCUCAGCCCAAGUCUGGUUGCCUUGGAGAUGGACAGUGAGGAUGAUGAUGAUGAGGUGCUGAUUAAGAAACCCCUGCCCCAGAUGUCAUCUAAUCCUAAAAGUAGUGAGGAUAUUCAGGAAGCGAAUAACUCCACCCCCAACCUCACAUGCACACGCUCUUACUCUGCCUCUUCUGCCAACAGCCACACCCCUUCAAAGGAAUCUGCAGAACAGGGGAUCCGUCUUCGCUCCUAUUCAUAUUCAUCUCCAAAGAUUGGCCUGCUGCCCCCACGCUUCAGCCGCGACGCACAACCUCCAACCUCCGACCUCACCCACGAUGAUGCUGUAUCCGCUGUGUCCAGCAGCAGUGGCAGCAGGUCUCUUCUCCAGGCUCUGUCUCUAUCUAAAUCUUUGUCUCUCCUCAAUCCUGUUAAACAGCGUGCAUUCAGCUUUGCUGAACAACCCCAAGAGAAAAGGGAGUUCCGUAGAAGAGUUCAGUUGGCUGAUGAUGAAGCCAGCGUUGAGCUGGUCGACUCUCUUCAACAUCUUACACUCUCCGAGUUCCUCAAAGAGAUUGAAGAGGAGGAAUGGGAUAAGUAUAUUAUCCCAUCCAAAGCAGAAUCGGAGAAAUACAAAGUGAGUCGCACCUUCAGUUUCAUCAAGAGCAGAAUGUACAGCACUCGAAACAAAAGCAAGGGAAAAGCGAAGGAUAAGGAAAGAGAAAAAGAAGGGAAAGACAGGCAGACGAAUGGACACCAGUUUUCUUCAGGGCCGUGUAGCGGACACACAGCGUGUGUGGUGUGUGAGAAACCAGCGACGGGGAAGGAGCUACUGCACUGUUCAAACUGCUCUCAAAGUGUCCAUAAAGGAUGCAGGGAAUUAGCCAGUCCAUGCCUGAGGAAAUUCCAGGAUAAAUAUGCAGUUUCCUUGGUGAAGAAUCGGACCGCAUCCCUCCCGCAGAAUUUUACGAUGGGAGAAAGCUCCUCCACCUCUCUGAUGUCAUCAUCCAGCUCACUUCCUGUGAUGACACCAAGAGACAGGAGGGAUGGAGCCACACCAGCCUGUCCUCUAUCAAGGAGUGUGCCCACAGCCUCAGAACGCUUCAGUGAGAGCCCAGAGGGGGACACUGACCCUUCUACCUGGAAGAACCACAUCCAGACAGGAGAGCUCCUGCACAACAUUGAAUCCUCACCGUCUACCAGCUCCUCUCUCACAGAAGAUACACCUGAUGGCCCUUUGCAGAGUGAGUUGGAGGCCCAGACUAUUAGUCUGGGGGCGGAGUCCUGGAGUCUGGCAGUGGAUCCUGAGUUCUGUAAGGCCCAGGAGAAAUGUGUCAUUAAGAGACAGGAUGUCAUCUAUGAGCUCAUGCAGACGGAGCUGCAUCACGUGCAGACUCUGACGAUCAUGGCCGAGGUUUUUAGGCGGGGCAUGAGGGAGGAAGUGCAGCUGGAUCCUGAGGUCAUUGGUCGGAUUUUCCCCUGUCUGGAUGAGCUCCUUCUCCUCCACCGGGACUUCCUUUGUGCAAUGUGGGAACGACGAAACAGCUCCUCCUACCCUGACAGCGACAGGAAUUACAUCAUCACACAUAUUGGGGAUAUCCUGCUGCAACAGUUCUCCCAGGAGAGCGCUGAGAAGAUGAAACAGGUGUAUGGAGAGUUCUGUAGCCACCACACUGAAGCCGUCACCUUCUUCAAAGAGCUCCAGCAACAGAACAAGAGAUUUCAGCUCUUCAUCAAACAACAAAGCAGCAACUCUUUGGUGAAAAGGAGGGAGAUCCCAGAAUGCAUUUUGUUGGUGACACAGCGAAUCACAAAGUAUCCUGUACUGCUGGAGAGAAUACUACAAUACACACAACAGGGCACAGAGGAGCAUGAGGAGGUGUCUCGUGCAUUGGUGCUUAUUCGUGAAUUGAUUGCAGCAGUGGACCUGCAGGUCAGUGAGUACGAGCAAGGUCAGAGGUUACUGGACGUUCUGAACCGAAUGGAGAACAAGAGCUCUGCCAAACUGAAGAACGGGCACACAUUCCGCAAACAAGACAUCACAUCUGGACGGACACUAAUACACCACGGCCCGCUACAGUGGAAAACAGCCACAGGCAGGCUCAAAGAUGUUCUGGCCCUGCUCCUGACAGAUACACUCGUUUUUCUGCAGGAGAAAGACCAAAAGUACUCCUUUGCUACUGUGGAUCAGAAGCCUCCGGUGAUCUCUCUACAGAAGCUGAUCGUGAGGGAGGUGGCCAAUGAGGAGCGGGGGAUGUUUCUCAUCAGUGCAUCAGCGGCGGGUCCAGAGAUGUACGAGGUCCACACUGCCUCUAAAGACGAGAGGAACACGUGGAUGAGGCUGAUCCGAGAGGCUGUGGAGAGUUGUCCUGAGGAAGAGGAUGAGACCACAAGUGAAUCAGAGGAGGAGAGACGAGUUGCUGAGGCCAGAGUCCAGAAGAUAAACAAACUGCAGGAGUCGUUGUCUAGUUAUGAUGAACAGAUCUGUAGUUCUUUAGAGGAAAAGUUACACAUUUGCUCAGAGUUCUGGUCCAUGAGAGGAAAUGAACAGAACUGGACAGAGCCACGGUUGCUAGUACGACCCAACACCGAUGAUGCACCGCAGGCCACAACUCUACUGAAUGCAGCUCUCAAAGAAGCGGAGAAUCUGAAAUCCACGCUGUCAUCUCAUUUCUGUGCCUCCUCCUCUGCUCUCCUGAGGCUCCUGAGUGAGAUGAUUCCCUCUGCUGACCCUGAAUGUGGGGAAGUGUCUUCUUCCCACCAUGAACCCACAUCACCUGACACACACAGGAGUGAGGAAGAGUCCCUCAGCACUACUGACACACACAAUACCAUCACACAGGUGACCCAAAGUGUACAGAGUUUGACACAGUUACUGUACAGUCUACAGGCCGCGGUCACCAUCCAAGACAGCUUCUAUGAGGUCCAGAGGCUCCUAUUGCUCUCCACGUCCAACCCACGGCCUCGGCAACCGUCGUCAGGCAGCCUACGAGGGCCAGCCCUCCAGGAGCAGGAGCGGCAACGGGAAGCGGAGCUUCGCCGGGCUGAGCUAGUGGGCGUGGCUCGAAUGCGGGAGGCACUGGCUCAGGAAAAACAGCGUUGGGAGAGAGAGUGUCUGGCACGGGAGCACCAGCAGGGCGAAGUGGAGAAAGAGCUUGAGCAGAGGGAGAAACAGUGCCACCUAGAGGCACAGCGACUACAGCGUGAAAGAGAAGAACUGGAGGAGCAGCUUCAGGAUUACCAGCAGAGCUUGGAAAGAUUGAGAGAAGGACAGCGCAGCGUGGAGAGAGAGCGAGAACGGCUGGAGCUUCAACAAGACCUCCUGCAGAACCUGAAGCAUAAUCGACAAUGCGGUUUACCUGCAAUGCUUAUACCACUGGAUGGGCUUCAGGACUCAGGUGAAGGUCAGUCUUUGGGUCAGGAUGCAGAUGGUUUGGUAUUCAUGAACGAAGCUGCAUUCCAUGGUCCUGCCCUGAAUAACCGUCACCAUCAGCAUUAUCAACCUCACAAUCUGGGGUCUCUGGCUUAUCAGGACUCUCCCAGUGCCCACAACAGUCUUGAGUCUCUGCUGGCACACUCAAAUCACAGAUACCAGUCCCCCAGUGGGCAUGACCUUGGAUGGACAGGGAGGCUUUCAGCCUCACAGGCCAUGGGCACUGAACACAUCAACCAUGAUUUGGGCACACAAGGCCACGGUUAUGUAGUCUGGUCUCCAGGGGUAACGGGGGCGGGGAUUCACCAGAGUUACACCCACGGCCUCACAGGUGAUGCCCUCCUGGACUCUCAAGCCCUCGUCCCCGUAGAGACAGAGCUCGGGGAGGAGGGAGGAGAAGAGAAUAUUGUAUAUCUCUGAGAACAUUUUUAGAACUCCAACAGACAUGAUCAAAGCUACAUUUGACCACAGAAUCAGAGCCAAAUAUCACCGUGGAUCUACAGUCAGAAUGCCACAAUAGAACGAACGACCUUCAGAUCCAGACUGCUCUGACUUUGUACUACAGAGUAACAGAAAUAAAACCUUUCAGAAUACUACAGGAACUGGACAGACUGUAGUCACAGACUACAAAUCUGAUCAUCUGUACCAGAUCUAGAAUUGAAAAUUUUGAUCAAGCAUUGGAUGCCUAACUACAAGUGUCGACUAGUAACUUGGCUACGUCUGUGUCCAAAAUGGCAGACAAAUAGGCGUGAAUCGAAUGGAAUCAAAUCAGAACCUGAGAUAAUUGAUCACAUCUUCAUUCUGCGGUGUAUGUCGGAGAGAGUUGUUUGUGCCAGUUGUUUGAGUCAGAACUUUGUGUAUAUGUGUGUGCCUAUAUAUGUGUGUGUGUAGCUUUGAAGAUGUGCCCAGCGGUCAGUGUUGUGGCUCAUUGCCUGAAGACUACAGUGACAGAAUUGGGUUACUUUAUUUCAACUCCUCCUGCACACAC